AUGGACAAAAAUUGGAUGAAACUUGAUAAUAGACAGGACGAGUCUUAUAAACUUGGGGUGGCUGCUUUCUUAAACUUUGCAUAUUCUGGAAAGGCAAAACAUCUUACGAUAGCUUGCCCUUGUAAACAAUGCAAUAACUUCUGGAACCAUACAAAAAGUGUGGUGGAAAAUCACUUAUUUACAUUUGGAAUUAGAAAAAGUUACACCAGAUGGAUACACCAUGGUGAACAAUUUCGACAGGAAAUUAGAGAGGAUAGUAAUCUGGGCGGUGAUGAAGAAGGGGAUACUGACAGUGAGGAUUUAAACCAUAUACUCAAUGACAUAGGCACUGCACAAUGGGGGAGAAAUUGGUUUAGUAGGGAAGAUGAUGGUGAAGGAAAUUCAGGCUUGAAUGCUAGUGAGACUGAGGCCUCCCUAAAAUUGUUGGAAGAUGCAAAAAGGGAACUUUAUCCUGGAAACACCUUUUUCUCAAAGCUGUCUUUUGUAGUCACUCUUCUACAUCUCAAAACGAUGAACGGGUGGACUAUAAACUCGUUUAACUCCUUGCUAGAGGUCUCUAAGAAGGCACUACCUCCCGAAGCUGCAGUUCCUAAGUCUUUCUCUGAUGCUAAAAGAAUUAUUCGAGACUUGGGGUUCAUAUCUAAAAAAAUGCAUGCCUGUGUCAAUGAUUGUGUACUCUUCCACAAGGAAUAUGAAAACUUUGACACUUGUCCAAAUCCAAAUUGCAAAGAGGCCCGCUACAAGUCAAAGGGUUCAAAAAUUCCACGAAAAGUUCUUCGCCAUUUUCCCUUGAAACCUAGGCUUCAAUGCUUAUAUGCACACAAGGAAAUAGCUUUAGAUAUGCGGUGGCAUAAAGAAAAGCGUGUAGAUGAUGGUAACACCAUGAGGCAUUCGGUGGACAGCGAAGCAUGGAAACAUUUUGAUAAAUUAUAUCCAGAUUUUGCUCAUGAUCCUAGAAAUGUCAGGUUUGGCCUUGCGACUAAUGGUUUCAAUCCUUUUGGAACCAUGACAUCGACUUAUAGCAUUUGGCCCAUUUUUGUUGUACCAUAUAAUCAGCCUCCCUGGAAAUGUAUGAAAGACCCAUUCUUUUUCAUGUCAAUGUUGAUUCCUGGUCCUAAAUCCCCGGGAAAUGAGAUCUGUGUCUACAUGGCACCUCUAAUAGAUGAGUUGAAUGAAUUUUGGGAUGGUCUAGAAACUUAUGAUGCAUUUACUGGUCAGAAAUUUACCCUUCGUGCUGCUUUGCUUUGGACUAUAAAUGACUUUCCCGCCUAUGCUAUGUUAUCUGGAUGGAGUACUAAAGGGUAUCAGGCUUGUCCAAUUUGCAUGGCAGAAACAUCCUAUAUGCAUUUGAAACAUAGGAAAAAAUUAUGCUACACAGGCCAUCGUCGCUUCUUGCCUAUUGAUCAUCAUUGGCGUAGAGAAAGAAAGCCAUUUGAAUCUGGAAAUUGUGUUUUAUUCUGCACCCUAUAUCCUUUCUAUAUGGGACGUUGGGAAAUUUUGUAUGCAGUAGUGGAAGCUUUGCAAGAACCGUGCCUCUAG